AUGCCAUUCAUUGGUCCCUCCAUUUUACAAAGCCACAAACACAAACUUGGAUAAACAUAGAAUAAGAAUAAGACUAACCCCAAAGCUUCAAUCUUCAAGAUUACCCUCAAAACCCAAAAAAAUGCAGGCCUUGACCUUGUACAUCAAUACUAACACCAGGGCAUUGGCACCAACUCUCACUUGUUCCCAACUUUGCCAUUCCACUUUUCUCUCUCACAUUACUCUCAAACAACAUUACCCUUUUCCUCAAAUUCCUAACUUUACUUCCCCACUAUCUAGAAUCAAACCCAUCAUUAUAAAAGCUUCUUCAUCUUCAUCAAUGGCUUCCUCUACUUCUUCAUCAUCUGAAACCAAACCUUUUUCUGUUCUCUUUGUUUGCUUGGGAAAUAUAUGUAGAAGCCCAGCUGCAGAAGGGGUCUUCAGAAAUUUGGUUAAAAAUAGACAGCUUGAAUCAAAUUUCAACAUUGAUUCUGCUGGUACUAUUAAUUAUCAUGAGGGUAAUCCAGCAGAUUCAAGAAUGAGAUCAGCUGCAAAAAGGCGUGGGAUUGAGAUUACUUCAAUAUCAAGGCCAAUUAAACCUUCUGAUUUUACAGAUUUUGAUCUUAUUCUUGCUAUGGAUAACUCAAAUCGAUCUGACAUAUGUGAGGCAUAUGAUAGAUGGAGAGAAAAAUAUAACCUCCCUGCUGGUGCUGAUAAAAAGGUUAAGCUAAUGUGCUCUUAUUGUAAGAAGCACAAUGAAACAGAAGUUCCAGACCCCUAUUAUGGUGGACAACAAGGCUUUGAAAAGGUCUUAGAUCUUCUUGAAGAUGCUUGUGAGUCCUUGUUGGAUAUCAUCUUGACAGAAACACGUCAGGCAUAACGAUUUUUGCUUGUGAAAAGCUUGAUUACAUAGAAAAUUGGAGGAAACGAAUGAUUAUGACUUUUGAUCGUCUAAUGUCUUAGAACCAUGUAAAUGAGAAUAAACCUGCUGUUGAUUGAAUCUGAAUAUUGUAAUGAUAUCUGAUUGGAUAUCUGAUUCAGUAAUAUCAAGACUCAAGUCUCGAUUAUGCCA